AUGGCUCUUCUUAGCCUACGGCUUGCACUGGCUUUAUUAUUUCUGCGUCUAGCGUAUUUGUCCGUUUGCCGGAACGUGACAAGCCCGAUAUCGACACCAAACGGCGUGUACAACUCGUCCACAACGCCGUCCAGCUUUGCAUGGAACACGUACAACUACUGCAACGCACCCCAUGUCAACGCGGCGCACUACACCAAACCCCAUGUCGAGGGCGCAGAGAUGGUGUACAUGAACGUCAUGUUCCGCCACCACAAACGCACGCCGGACAACCUCUAUCCAGACGAGAAUGGGCUGAAUCCCGCGGGCGGGUGGAACUGCAGCAACUUUGUCCAGUUCAAUUACGGCGGUGGAACGGCCGCGGUGUACCACCAGGUCGUGGUGCCCCCGGAGCACCCGUUUCUCAGCCAGAUAUGGAACGGGACGUGCGACCAGGGGCAGCUCACGCAGGAGGGGCUCGAGGACGCUGUCAAGCACGGCCAGGAUUUCUGGAGCGUGUACCACGAUACAUUGGGCUUCCUGCCCGACGUGAAUCCGAGAGACUUGUACGUCCGCACGUCGGUGGCCGACAGAACGUACCAGGUCGCUGGCGGGCUGCUGUACGGGAUGGACCCCGCGUACGCGGGCGAACCAUUCGCAGUGUACACGCAGCCGACCAAUAUCGACUCCCUGGUGCCCGACUACGACUGCCCCCUCGCAGACAACAUGCGCAACGCAUAUCAGUCCGUCCCCGCGUGGACAGACCACCUCGUCGCCCACGCGGAGCUCCAAGCGCGCCUGGGCGAGAUCACCGGGACCGCCAAUCUGAGCGCGUGGACGUCGUGGUAUGAUCAUUACUUCGACACGUUCACGUCAAGGACAUGCGCGGGGCACCCGCUUCCGUGUAAUGCUACCACCGGCGCAUGUGUAUCAGAAGAGGACGCGGCGGGCGUGUUCGCUAUAGGAGACUUUGAAUACAACUACAUAUGGAACGCGGCGCAAAACGCGUCGACCUACACCGCGCUCACGUUCGGCGUGAUGUUCUCCGAGCUCGCCGCGAACUUCAAAGCGUUUCAGUCCGGAGUGGAGAUGUACCGCGCCCGUUUGUAUGUCGGGCACGACGGCUCGAUGAUCCGGCUCGCGUCAGGCCUUGGGCUGGGCAAGAGUGCGCCGCUGCGCUGGCCGGCCUUAGGCUCCGAGAUGGUUAUGGAGGUUUGGCGAGCGGAUGGAGAGGAUUUCGUAAGGGUCGUGCAUGAGGGGACGCCAGUGAAAAGCCUGGCAUGGGUGCCGAUUGAGGAGUUUGUGGACCUGCUGCAGGCGCAGGUGCCGGAGAAACUAUUCGACACCUGUAUGAGUACCAGUAGCUCUUGA